AUGGCGCCCACGGGCGGUGGAGGGGGAGCAGGAGGCGGCCUCGGCGGAGGAGGAAAUAUCAAGGUCGUGGUCCGAGUGCGACCGUUCAACAGUCGUGAAAUCGAUCGAAAUGCAAAAUGUAUUGUUCAGAUGCAGAAUGCCCAGACCGUUCUACAACCCCCUCCAGAGGCAGAAGACCGUCUUCGAAAAGGUGGAAAGGAUGGCGCAGGCGCUCAGCGAACCUUCAAAUUCGACAAAUCCUACUGGUCUUUCAACAAGGCAGAUCCAAACUAUGCUGGUCAAGACGAUCUAUUCAAUGAUCUGGGUGUUCCAUUACUCGACAAUGCCUUUCAGGGCUACAACAACUGCAUCUUCGCAUACGGGCAGACGGGCUCCGGCAAGUCCUACAGCAUGAUGGGUUACGGUGAAGAGGCAGGCGUUAUCCCUCGAAUUUGUCGAGAAAUGUUCGAACGGAUCAAUGGGAUGCAGUCUGAUCCUCACUUGACCUGCACAGUUGAAGUGUCCUAUUUGGAAAUCUACAAUGAGCGCGUCAGAGAUUUGUUGAACCCGGCUACCAAGGGCAAUCUCCGCGUCAGAGAGCAUCCUUCUACAGGUCCUUAUGUGGAGGAUUUGGCCAAGCUGGCUGUUCGCUCCUUCAGUGAGAUCGAAAAUCUCAUGGACGAGGGCAAUAAAGCUCGAACAGUGGCAGCCACUAAUAUGAACGAAACCUCCAGUCGCUCCCAUGCCGUCUUCACCCUCACUCUCACGCAAAAGCGCCACGAUGCCGAAACCAAUAUGGAUACCGAGAAAGUCGCAAAGAUCAGCUUGGUCGAUUUAGCUGGCUCAGAACGUGCAACUUCCACUGGUGCUACGGGUGCCCGUCUCAAGGAAGGAGCAGAAAUCAAUAGGUCGCUUUCUACCUUGGGUCGGGUCAUUGCGGCACUAGCGGACCUCUCUUCGGGCAAAAAGAGCUUGAAAGUACCAUACCGAGAUUCGGUCCUAACCUGGCUUCUGAAAGAUUCACUUGGUGGCAACAGCAUGACCGCGAUGAUUGCUGCAAUCUCGCCCGCUGACAUCAACUUUGAGGAAACGCUAAGCACCCUUCGAUACGCGGACUCGGCCAAGAGAAUUAAGAACCAUGCUGUCAUUAAUGAGGAUCCAAACGCACGCAUGAUCCGCGAGCUCAAAGAAGAACUUGCCAAACUCAGGAGCCAACUUGGGGGCGCUACCGCUGCAGGUGCCGAGGAGACUUACCCUGAGGGGACACCGCUCGACAAGCAGAUGGUCUCGAUUGUGCAGACCGACGGCUCAGUCAAGCGUGUCAGCAAAGCCGAAAUCAUGGACCAAUUGAGCCAAAGUGAGAAGUUGUACCAGGACCUCAACCAGACCUGGGAAGAGAAGCUCCAGAAGACGGAACAGAUUCACAAAGAGAGAGAAGCUGCGCUGGAAGAGUUGGGCAUAAGCAUCGAAAAGGGGAACGUAGGCAUGAGCACUCCCAAAAAGAUGCCCCACUUGGUCAACCUGAGCGACGAUCCUCUGCUGGCUGAAUGCCUGGUUUAUAACCUGAAGCCAGGAGUUACCACGGUGGGGAACGUUGACUCAUCUGAGGCUUCCGAGAUCAGACUGAAUGGAUCCAAGAUCCUUGAUCACCAUUGCAAGCUUGAGAACGUUGACAACGUGGUAACAAUCAUCCCACAUGAGGGUGCUGCUGUAAUGGUCAAUGGUGUGCGUGUCGACAAGCCGAGAAGACUGAAGAGUGGAAAUCGUAUUAUUCUGGGGGACUUUCAUAUCUUCAGGUUUAACAACCCAUUGGAGGCCAAAGCCGAGCGCGCCGAGAGAAGUCUGCUCCGACAAUCUGUAACUGCUAGCCAGCUGAGUUCCCCGACGCCAUUCCGUCCUGGACAUGAAAGAAGUUGGAGCGCUGCAGGAUCAGAAUUUGAUGGCGAUUCGAGCCGAGCCCAAUCUCCAGGAUUCAGCAGUAACAAAGACUCGGAUUGGUUCUUUGCCCGUCGAGAGGCAGCGGGUGCACUUCUUGGAUCAGACCCAAAAAUCAUGCAACUCACUGAUGAGGAGCUGGACAGUCUGUUUGAGAAUAUCCAAAGAGCACGAGAGGAGCGGCGCGGACGUUCCGACAACAAACAUUUUGAACAGGAUGAAGACUCGGAUGACCUCGGCUCUUUCCUUGUGCGCGACAAGUACAUGUCGAAUGGUACCAUCGACAACUUCUCUCUCGACACGGCACUUACACUGCCAGGCACGCCUUCUGUACAUGGCAGUUCGCAAGAAGACGGCGAACCGACUUUGACCCCGAGUCAAUUUGAACACCAAGUUCAGCACCCAAUGCAGAAAACGGGGGAAGAGGAGAAGCAAGGAGUUGCAGAGAAAUCUUCGAAAGAAGCAGAACGAGAGGCUCAAGCUGUUCAGAUGCAGCAAGAAUUGGAGCGGGCAAGACAGGAGUUUGAAGAAGAACUUCAAAAACAAAAAGAAGUGUACGAGGCACAGAUCAAGAAAAUGGAUGAGGACGUCAGAAUACGAGAAGCUUCUCGAACGCCAGCUGGCUUCCUGCCCCUGCAAGCCUCUGAGAUAGCCAUUGCACGGAACGUCGUGGAGAAAUGGCAACAAAGGAAUUAUAUCUUGAUAGCGGAGGCAAUAUUGCAGAAUGCCGGUCUUCUCAAGGAAGCGCAGGUCAUGAGCAAGCUGCUGGAUCACGAUACCAACUUUCAGUUUGUGAUUUUGGACAAUGGACAAGAACGUGGCUCGUCGUACGAUCUCAUCCUCCAAGAUAUCUCUGGAGAUGACGAUGAUGCUCUCGCGGAUGCGCGCAAGCCAUGUCUUGCCGUGAGGGUCAUUGACAACCAACUCAGCUGUAUCCACCUUUGGCCACUGGAGAAACUCCGACUACGAGUGGCCAAGAUGCGGCAAAUGCGCCAGUACAAGAAUCAGCCAGAAUAUUUGCAGCAUUUCCGGAUGGACAACCCGUUUCGUGACUCUGACCAGCCUUUGUUUUCGCUAAUUGGGGACGGGAGUAUUCCUCUGACUGCGGUCUUUGAAACACGGGUCCAAGAUUUUGUGGUAGAGGUAUCCUCGCCAUCCACUAGACAAAUUGUCGGCAAGGUCAGGAUGUCAUUGGAACCCUCGUUAGCAGAGUCCCCACCUUCCACCAUCAAAUUCAACAUUGUCAUGCGUGACUUAGUGGGAUUCGCUGAACACGAGGGCACACAAGUCCAUGCCCAGAUGACAGUCCUGGGGACUGAGGACGAGAGCGUGGCCACCACCCAACCCGUCCAUGGCUUCGGCGAUGGACCUGUACGUUUUGAGAGCAUUCACAACCUGAGCAUCCGUCAAUCAGGGGAGAAAUCUGCAAUCCUGAAGAUCGCCAUUUUUGCUCAAGUCAGCUCGACCCAUCUCGAUAAGCUGAUCAGCUGGGACGAGCUUCGUGAAAUGAAUGAACAACCUCCCGAUCAUCAACCUGCUCAUCGCCUGCCAGAGUCUGAAUACAGUGUUGAAGAACGGCAUGACGUUUUUGCAAAAGUCCAGCUCCUAGAACUAGCAGAAAACGGCCAGUAUAUGCCAGUAGAAGUCCUACAAAGCAACGCAAACGAUAGCGGAGCGUUCCAGCUGCAUCAGGGACUCCAACGUCGAAUCUCCGUCAAUCUGACGCACGUUCUGACGGAAUCUCUGCCUUGGGACGACCUGAAGUCCUUGCGGGUCGGGGAAGUUCAUCAACUAGAUUCGUCCGGGCGUGUCGUCGAUAUUGCCUCAGUCACACCUGAUAUCCUUCUCAAACAAAUCCAAGAACCCAUGAUCAAAGACAAUGCCGAUGGCACCUCGAACAUCACCAUCGUGGGACAAUGGGACAGUUCGCUACACAAAACCCUUCUGCUCGACCGUGCCACGAACGAAAACUGCAGAGUCCAGAUCUCACUGCGCUGGGAUGUCAUCUCCAACCGUCUCGGGCACGAUCAGCCGAUGACAUUCUCCAUCGACCAACAGUUACAAAUCUUGCCGCGAUCUUACGUCCGCCCGCAGUCUCUGUUCAAAUCCUUCUGGAGCCAAACACGGGUCACUCACGCUACAGAUGGACUAUUCUCAAUUGUUGUACGACCAGUCAGUGCAAAGAGAGCAGCCGAUCUCUGGCGUCUGGAUACUUCAAAGAACUACAUUAACGGCGAAGAACUUCUCGGUAAUUGGCAACCAAGAGGGAUUUCGUUAGUGAAAGACUACCUGAUCGCCCGAAGGAAAAGGCGUCAAUUGGAGGACAUCGAAUCUGCAAAAGCCUCGUUGGGAUUGCGUAGAUUGAGUGUAACCACACACAAAUCCAGGUCUCGUGCAGCAUCACCUUCUACGCCGGAUACCAAAGAGGAGGAACUUCUGCGUAAGUAUCUCGCGAUCUGGAUGAAGCCGAGUGCGGAGAUGAAGAAUCCCAUCUUCGAUGAUGCCGACGAGAGCGUGCGAUUCCCGGCAUCACCUACCCCGUUGACUGAGACCUCGCGAUUGCCGUCGACGCGGUAUCGAGCCACCGUCUCCCACGUGCCCAAGAACACUGUGUCCCUAAAAUCAGGUUAUCUUCUCAUGCCCUCGGAAACCUACGAAUCCCCCGGCUCCGGCAAUCAUACCAAUACCAUGCAAUGGAAACGACGCUUUGUUGAUCUACGUCCUCCUUAUCUUCUCAUUCAAUCCGUCCCUGACGGCGAAGGAGUCAACGCGGUAAACCUCACGCACGCACGAAUCGACCACGAUCCCGACUUCAAGCGCUUACUUGGCAGUGGAUCAUCCAUUGUGCAUGAAGGCACCGAGUUCUCGUCGGGAGAGCGGUGGGGUCAUAGAAGGACAGGCAGCAAUGCGGAACUGCAUGGUCUAGCGCACGUAUUUGCUGUCUAUGGCGAGCAGAACACCUUCCUGUUUGCAGCAAGAAGCGAGAGUCAGAAAGUUGAAUGGAUCCUGAAGAUCGACCAGAGUUACUUCGCGGACGAUGAGGAGCAAGAUCAAGUUGAGGUCUAA